ACCUGUUAGCGGGGCCUGGCGACUGGCGAAUUCUUCCUUCCCCCGGGUAAACUCCCGGGCUGAGAAAUUGGUUCCGAACCCAACGGAACCCAGCGCUGGGCGCCGCCGGGUCACGUGGCUGGCGGCCUCAUGACGUGCAGGCUGCGAGGCGUCACCGUGACGUUCGGGCGACCUGCCGAGUGGCCCCGCUACCUCUACCACCUGUGCGGUGGCGGUGGCGUGAUGGACCUGGGCCCGAUGCGCAAGAGUUACCGCGGGGACCGAGAGGCAUUUGAGGAGACUCAGCUGACCUCCCUGGACCCCAUGAAGCAGUUUGCUGCCUGGUUUGAAGAGGCUGUCCAGUGUCCUGACAUAGGGGAGGCCAAUGCCAUGUGUCUGGCUACCUCCACCAGAGACGGAAAACCCUCUGCCCGCAUGGUGCUGCUGAAGGGCUUUGGCAAGGACGGCUUCCGCUUCUUCACUAACUUCGAGAGUCGGAAGGGAAAAGAGCUGGACUCCAAUCCCUUUGCUUCCCUUGUCUUCUACUGGGAGCCCCUCAACCGUCAGGUGCGCGUGGAGGGCUCCGUGAAGAAGCUGCCUGAAGAGGAGGCUGAGUGCUACUUUCACUCCCGCCCCAAGAGCAGCCAGAUUGGGGCUGUGGUCAGUCGCCAGAGUUCUGUGAUCCCUGAUCGGGAGUAUCUGAGAAAGAAAAAUGAGGAACUGGAGCAGCUCUACCGAGAACAAGAGGUGCCAAAGCCAAAGUACUGGGGUGGCUACAUCUUGUACCCGCGAGUGGUAGAGUUCUGGCAAGGCCAAACCAAUCGUCUGCAUGACCGGAUCAUCUUUCGGCGGGGCCUGCCAACAGAAGACUCCCCUCUGGGGUCCAUGACCCACCGUGGGGAGGAAGACUGGCUCUAUGAGAGACUUGCACCCUGACUUCCAAUCUGCUGGUACCAACUGGAGCUGGGGCCGGGUGCUAAGAGAGGGUGUGGGAUGGCGAGUGGGACCCUUCUAAACUCAGCCCAUUUCCCUCCCCACCCCUUAUAUUUAAGGCUCUUCAGAGUUCAAGCUCCGAAUUCUGUAUUUUCGGUUGGCUCUCAAGUAGGUAGUCUAGUGGAGCAUAAACAGUGGCGUAGAGAAUCACAAAUGGGGGAAAAAAAAAAAAA